UCGUGGGCUUCACAGCGCUGCUACGAGAUCCUGCCGCGGCUGUUUCUCGCUCGCACCUUCGACUAGUCCCAUCGAUCGCCCUCCGUUCGCAGCACCAGCCUCAGUCCGACGCGACUUCACUUGACUGUCCAGCAUGGUGUCUCACAACGCGAACGCGCAAUCCGAUUCCGGGUCGAGGGACCGGCUAGCGACCAACUCUCGCCUGAUCGUAGUGUCCAAUCGCUUACCAGUGACCAUCAAAGUGGAUUCUUCUCAGCCCGGUGGCUACUCCUUUGCGCUCUCUUCAGGUGGUCUAGUCUCGGCUCUGUCGGGAGCAAAGAAGCGCAUGUCGUUUACAUGGAUAGGAUGGCCCGGACUGUCCGUUCCUACUCGAGAGGAUGAGCUCUUCAUAGAGUCCAAGUUGGAGAAGGAGUACAGCUGCAGACCGGUCUGGCUAGACCCCGACGUGGCCGACGCACAUUACAAUGGCUUCUCCAACAGCAUCCUUUGGCCACUGUUUCACUACCACCCAGGAGAGAUGAACUUCGACGAAGGCAAUUGGCUGGCGUACAGAGAAGCGAACUUGAGAUUUGCGGAGAGCGUCAGGGAGAUUGUCAGGAAGGGAGAUAUGGUCUGGGUGCAGGACUACCACCUCAUGCUUCUUCCAUUGAUGCUACGCACGCUGAUCGAGGGCUCAUCAGCACAAGGCAGCGUCUCUCAGCGAGAGUUAGAGCACGUACGGCACGGCGUUGAUGGAUCGUCUCACUUGGCGCAUUCGUCGGGCCUUGCAGCUCCACCUGGCAGCGAAGCAGCAGAGCACUCUGCAGCCCAAGUGGCCUCGGGUCACUCUCACAGAACAUCAACCACGGCUACCAACCUGAACGUUCAAAGUGGGACAACAGCCCAGGCUGUCGCUGCCAUGGAAGAGGAUGACGAGGAUGGAGAUGGCAAGGGAAGAGGUACGGCGGACGGAACCACUUCGAGGGGAAGCGUCAAAAUUGGAUUCUUCCUUCACACUCCGUUUCCGAGCAGCGAAAUCUAUAGAAUUCUGCCUGUAAGACGUGAGAUUCUGCUUGGCGUUCUACACUGCGAUUUGGUUGGCUUCCACACGUACGACUAUGCGCGGCAUUUCUUGUCCUCUUGCACACGGAUCUUAGGACUUCCAACAAUGCCCAAUGGAGCCGAAUUUGAAGGCAGAUACGUGCACGUCGGCACUUAUCCGAUCGGCAUUGAGCCGGCACAAUUCAUCGAAGGGCUGGCAAGAGACGCGGUCAAGACUAGGAUGAGGGCGCUGGAGAGACGUUUCGAAGGUGUCAAGAUCAUUGUGGGAGUGGAUCGCCUGGACUACAUCAAGGGCAUUCCGCAGAAGUUGCAUGCGCUCGAGACCUUUUUGCAGGAGCAUCCUGAAUGGGUUGGAAAAGUUGUCUUGGUGCAAGUAGCAGUCCCAUCAAGACAAGACGUGGAAGAGUAUCAGAACUUGAGAGCCAUAAUCAACGAAGCUGUAGGACGUAUCAAUGGCAGGUUUGGUACCGUCGAGAGCAUGCCGAUUCAUUUCAUCCAUCGAUCGGUAAAUUUCGAAGAGCUUUGUGCUCUGUAUGCUAUCUCCGAUGCUUGCCUCGUCACUAGCACUAGAGAUGGCAUGAACUUGGUAUCCUACGAGUACAUCGCUUGCCAGCAACAACGCAACGGAGUUAUGAUCCUUUCUGAAUUUGCAGGAGCAGCUCAAUCAUUGAAUGGCUCUCUCAUCGUCAACCCAUGGGACAAAUUUGCGGUCGCAGACGCUAUUCACGAAGCUCUGACAAUGGCAUCUGUUACACGCAAGGCCAAUUUCGAUAAAUUGAGCAGAUAUGUCAACAAGCACACAGCUAGCUGGUGGGGUACAAGUUUCGUCGCCGAGUGAGUACUAGAGCGCUCGGAUGUGGGGAAAAGGAAAGAGCAUCCUAUCU